UCCGGGAGCUGCGCGCGGGCCGGCCCCCGCGCAGGCGCCGUGAGGGGGGAGCGGCGCCGGUGGUGUCGGCGGCGGCGCCAGCUACCAUGGAGAAUAAUGAAAGCAAUGCUAAGGAUGCAAAGAGCACCUCAGAUGAAGAUGAUAACAGAGACAUAGUUCAGCAAAAAACUCAGGAGGAAAUUCUCUUUCAUGAGGAAACCAUUGAUCUUGGUGGAGAUGAAUUUGAGUCUGAAGGGAAUGAAACUGUAUCAGAAGAUUCAAAUAAUUUUGUAGAUAAACUUAAUGAGCAAAUGAUGGAGAGUGUCAUUAUUUCAGAUUCACCAAACAAUAGUGAAGAUGACACAGGUGACCUUGGUUGUCUCCAGGAGAUUGUAGAACAAAUGGAAGCUAAAGAUAAUCAAAAAACAGAAGCAGAAGUGGAUAAAGAAGAGUUUUUAAGUAAUGAGAGUGAAACUGAACAUGAAGAAACACCCAAAGACAUUUCUGAGAUUGGAACAGAUGAUCAGGCAUCUUUGAAGGAAGAAUCAAUUCAGGAAGCAGUGAAGGAAGAACCAAAGAUGGAAAACAACGUUCCUGAUGAUAAAAAACCAAAUAACAUUAAUGAAAGCAAACCUGAGGACCAAAUAUCGUCCCCCAGUACUAGCAAACCAUCUUCUGAGGCUGAGCCUAUUCCUGUGUGCACCAUCUUUAGCCAAGCAAACAAUGUUAGUACCCAGCCACAGUUGUUCCUACCUGAUGGCUUUGAGCCUCAGAUGGUAAAAUCUCCCAGUUUCAGUAGUAUAAUUGAGACUCCGGUGAAGUCUAAUCCGCAGGUGGUUCAACCAAGUCCUAGCCUGAGCAAGUUCUUUGGCGACACUGUUAACACUAACACUUUAGCUUCUGAUUUUUUUGAUUCAUUUACCACAUCCAAUUUUAUUUCUGUUAGUAAUCCCAAUGCAAGCUCUUCAGUUCCAGAACAAAUGUCCUCUCUUGCUAACGGUGGAGAUGGUUCAUCUAACCCUACUUUCCCUGUGCGCAAUGGGAGACCUGAAGCAGGUGGUCCUUCCUCAUCUCUAGAAAUAACUCAAUCCCCCAAGCCAUUCUCACAAAUCCAAGCUGUUUUUGCUGGGAGUGAUGACCCAUUUGCCACAGCCUUAAAUAUGAGUGAACUAGAUAGAAGAAAUGAUGCUUGGCUUCCUAGUGAGGAAACAAGGAAUGUUCUCAUUUCAGUUGCCACACAACAGUACAGCACCAUGUUCAUAGAUAAAGAGAAUCUUACCAUGCCUGGAUUAAAAUUUGAUAAUAUCCAGGGAGAUGCAGUAAAAGAGUUAAUGCUUCGCUUCUUGGGGGAGCAAGCCGCAGUGAAGAGACAAGUUUUGAACACCAGCUCUGUAGAGCAGUCGUUUGUGGGCUUGAAACAGCUAAUUAGCAGUAAAAACUGGAGGGCAGCAGUUGACUUGUGUGGGCGGCUUCUAACUGCCCAUGGUCAAGGCUACAAAAAAAGUGGACAGCCUGCUAACCAUACUACAGAUUCUUUACAGCUGUGGUUUGUGAGACUGGCACUGCUGGUAAAACUGAAUCUAUUCCAAAAUGCAGAAAUGGAAUUUGAACAAUUUGGAAAUUUAGACCAGCCUGAUCUUUAUUAUGAAUAUUACCCUCACGUAUACCCUGGACGAAAAGGUUCCAUGGUUCCUUUCUCCAUGCGGAUCUUACAUGCUGAACUUCCUCAGUACCUUGGUAAUCCUCAAGAAUCACUUGACAGACUUCAUAGUAUGAAGAUAAUCUGCGCCAAGAUAUUAGAAAAUUUGGAACAAGGCUUAGCUGAAGAUGGAAGUAUGACUAACAUUACACAGGAGAACAGACAAGCCUCUGUUCAGCUGUGGAGGUCACGUCUGGGCCGGGUGAUGUACUCCAUGGCAAACUGUCUGCUAAUGAUGAAGGACUAUGUGCUUGCUGUAGAUGCUUACCACACCGUCAUCAAAUAUUACCCACAGCAAGAGCCUCAAUUGCUGAGUGGAAUUGGAAGGAUUUUCCUUCAGAUUGGAGACAUAAAAACUGCAGAAAAAUAUUUUCAAGAUGUUGAAAAAGUGACUCACAAAUUGGAUGGACUGCAGAGCCAAAUUAUGGUUUUAAUGAACAGAGCAUUUCUCCACCUUGGUCAGAAUAAUUUCUCAGAAGCUCAUCGAUUUUUCACAGAAAUUUUAAGGAUCGACUCAUCAAAUGCUGUGGCAAACAACAAUGCUGCUGUUUGUCUUCUUUACCUGGGAAAACUGAAGGAUUCCCUUCGGCAGUUGGAAAGAAUGGUUCAGCAGGACCCUAAACACUACCUACACGAGAGCGUUCUCUUCAACUUGACCACUAUGUAUGAACUGGAGUCGUCUCGCAGUAUGCAGAAGAAGCAGGCACUUCUAGAGGCUGUCGCUAUCAAAGAGGGUGAUAGCUUUAAUACUCAGUGUCUCAAAUUAGGAUAGAUCAUUUCCAACUAAUUUUUUCCUGCAAAGAAACAAAAUUAAAUUUUUUUAAAUUGUAUAUACUCUUGCUGAUGUGUAAAUGUGAAAUAAAAUCUAUUCAAUUAUUAA